AGUCAAUUGCAGGUUCACUAGUUUCAAGUAAUCAAGAAAAACACACACACAGAGAGCAGAAAUGGCGAUAACACUGAAGAGCGGCUACAAGAUGCCGAUUGUGGGAUUGGGUGUUUGGCGAAUGGAAGGAAAAGAUAUAAAAGAUCUUCUCAUCAACGCCAUCAAGAUUGGCUACCGUCACUUUGAUUGUGCUGCUGACUAUCAAAAUGAAGCUGAAGUUGGGGAAGCACUCGCAGAAGCAUUUCAGACGGGGAUCGUGAAGAGGGAGGAUCUUUUCAUUACUACAAAGCUUUGGAACUCAGACCAUGGUCAUGUUCUUGAGGCCUGUAAAGACAGUCUUAAGAAGUUACGCCUGGAUUAUCUGGAUCUCUACCUUGUUCACUUCCCCAUAGCCACAAAACAUACAGGAGUUGGUACAACCUCUAGUGCAUUGGGUGAGGAUGGUGUUCUUGAUAUUGAUACCACCAUAUCAUUGGAGACUACUUGGCACGGAAUGGAAAAUCUAGUAUCCCUGGGCUUGGUCCGCAGCAUAGGAAUCAGCAACUACGACAUCUUUCUCACCCGAGAUUGCCUAGCAUAUUCCAAAGUGAAGCCUGCUGUGAAUCAAAUCGAGACCCAUCCUUAUUUCCAGCGUGAAUCUCUUGUCAAAUUUUGCCAAAAGCAUGACAUCUGUGUUACAGCACACACCCCACUUGGUGGUGCUGCUGCUAAUACUGAAUGGUUUGGUUCAGUGUCUUGCCUGGAAGAUCCAGCUCUAAAAGGUUUAGCUGAAAAAUAUAAUAAGACUGUGGCCCAGGUUAUUCUGCGUUGGGGUAUCCAAAGAAACACAGUUGUGAUUCCGAAAUCAUCAAAACUGGAGAGACUGCAGGAGAAUUUCAACGUUCUUGACUUCGAGCUCACUAAAGAAGACAUGGACCUCAUCAAAAGUUUGGACCGCAACUAUAGGACCAACCAACCUGCAAAGUUUUGGGGCAUAGAUCUGUAUGCCUAAAAGCUUCAUGUCUCAUUUUGACACCAAAGGCACCAGGAUAGGGGACUAAGCUACUUAGACCAGCAUCUCAUUUGAAUAUGGAAAAGUGAGUUUAUGUUUAGCAUGAGAGAGACCAUUCACUGCUCUACCUAUGAUGUAGUUAUGUUUUUAUCCAUUUCGAACUUGUGUACCAAGGCUGAUGGAUGGUGGUUGGUUUAGUUUCUGGGAGAGUGUGCAUAUUGGGCCAACACAUCUCCCAUCCAACGGCAAAUAAAGCUAUUGGCUACUAAAAUGCUGCAAAA